AUGCGUGACACUCUGAUCUUCGCUGCCGAAGUCUACCUCUACUACGUCCUCAGCUCAGUCCUCCUUGCGCUCCUCGUCGUCCUCAUCGUCCACGCCGUGGAGUUUGAGCACCCGUUCGCCCUCGGCAGCAAAGCCCGCCCGGACUUGUACGAGCCGAAAGGCGCGAUCCCGUUGCUCGGCCACACGCUGCUCUUCUUGCGCAACAGCCGCAGGCUGAGCGAGUUCGUCCUCGAAUCGCACGCUGCAAGGAGGCGCGAUGGAGUGGAGGAUGCGGACAAGGCGGUGUCGAUGACACUGCUCGGAAGAAGGCUGAUCUGGCUCGACAGGCCGGAGCACCUCGAGUAUGUUCAGCGGACCAACUUCGCCAACUACGAGAAGGGCCAGGACCAGCGCAACGAGCUGGGCGUCCUGCUUGGACAGGACGACAAGGCCUGGUCGAUGUGGCGCAAGAUUACGGCUCGCGCCUUCACCGUCAACUCGUACCGCAACGUCAUGUCCGCCUCCAUUCACCACUUUACCAAGCUCUUCAUCCGCACGCUCGAAGCCAAAGCCCGCGAAGGCGCAACGAUCGACCUCUCUGCGGUUCUCUUCGCCCUCACGCUCGACACCUUCACCUCGAUCUCCUUCUCGACGGACCCUGGAUCGCUUCCCGCCGCGGCUCGUGGGGAGACUAACGCCUUCGCUCAAGCGUUUGACGAGAUUCAAGUUCUCCUGGCGAGGCGCAUGCCGUUCUUCUGGCUCGUCGAGCGCCUCGACGGUACGAGCAAGCGCAUUGCCGAUGACAUGAGGGUCAUCCACGCCUACUCCGACAAGAUCAUUCGCGAGAGGAUCGAGAAGGUCCAGCAGCUUGACGAGGAUGGCGACCUCGACAUGCUCGGCAGGUACAUGGCUGCAACGAAGGAGAGCGGCGAGCCGCUCACGACGGAAGAGCUGCGCGACGCAACGAUCAACCUCCUCAUCGCGGGUCGCGACACCACCGCCAGCACUCUCGCCUGGACGAUUUUUGAGCUCCUCCGCAACCCCGCGCUCAUCGAGGGCAUCCGCCGCGACGCUGCCAAGCUGGACGACCCGACCGAAUUGCCGUUCGACUCGCUCAAGGAGAUGAACUGGACGAGCGCGGUCUUCUAUGAGGGUGCGAGGUUGUGCCCGACGGUGCCGAACAACCACUGGACGGCGAGGGGUGACGAUCAUAUCCCGAACGGCCCGAGGAUCGAGGCAGGAGACCACAUCGCCUGGUCCGACUGGACUACCGCUCGCGACCCGGCUGUCUGGGGUCCCUUGGCAGGCGCGUUCGACCCGACUCGUUGGCUCGACGGAGACGGCAAAUUCAGGAAGGAUUCGAGGUUGCACAGCUUCAAUGGCGGAUUCAGGCGCUGCCUCGGCGAGACGCUCGCCCACUUCGAGGCGGUCGCGACCUUGCUCGCCCUCUUCUCCCGCUUCGACCUCUCCUUCGCACCAGGCUAUCUGGAAUGGACGCCAAUGGUCAAGACCGAGUGGUGCGAGCACGAGUCGCCCAAGUACCGUCCUGCUUUGACCCUGCCAAUGGAGUACCCGCUCCGCGUCGAGGCGAAGAAGCGGGAGGGCGGCGGCUGA